AUGCAGGUGGACCGCGCGCAAUUGGGCAGAAACGCUUUCAACCUGAUUCUGCAGAACCUCGACGUGCUCGACGUACUCGAGGCCUGCGGCACCGACAUCGAUGGGCUGCAGGGCAUGAAAGACGUCCUGUUCCCACAGGAGACGAGCGAGAUCAGCUUCAAGGAGAUGUACGAGGUCCUCCUCCGCCUCCGCAGGGGCAAGCCCGCCAGCGUCCUGGACGUCGUCGAGCUGCGGGAGCUCACCCGGCGGCGGACGGAGGAGCUCCGGGAGCUCCUUCUGCAGCCCGCGGCAGCGGCCUGCGGGGGAGAGCGGGGCUCCGCCGCGUCCAGGGCCGUGCGGUCUCGGUCCUGA